AUGGGGUCCAUCCAGAAUGACGACAACAAGAAAGAACUCACCAUCCUGGUGACCGGCUUUGGUCCUUUUCAGGAGAAAUACCCGGUGAAUCCUUCGUACGAGAUCACAAGACUGCUGCCAGACUACUUACCGGCAACAUCGCCACACGAGUCGGCUGUCCGGAUCAUCUCGUACGGCACGCCCAUCCGAGUGGUCUAUGACGGCGUCCGUGAACUUGUACCGAAGCUUCACGAUGCGUAUGCCGGAAUGGUAGACCUGGUCCUGCACAUCGGCAUGGCAUCAGGACGGAAGUUCUACUGUGCCGAACGGUAUGGACAUCGAGAUGGAUACAUCAAGAAUAAGGACCUCGAUGGAAACAUGCCGUCUCCGGAAGAAGGGAAAAUCACGUUUGGGGAUUGUCCGGAAACGAUGACGACGUCUCUCGACUUUGAAUCCGUGCUCCUGAACUGGCAAACGAAUAUCCUCGCGAUUCCGGAGGGCCAGCCGGGUGCGCACGCGGAUAUCCGACCGAGUGAGGACGCGGGGAGGUAUUUGUGCGAUUAUAUCUAUUUCAAUUCGCUGGCGUAUUUUGGAAGGAAGAGUGGUGAGAUGGAGGGUGGGAGGGAUUCGUCGAGGCCGGUGCUGUUCUUUCAUGUUCCGGCUGAGAGCGAUGAGGGGUCUUUGCAGAGGGGGCGGGCGGUUUGCGAGGCGUUGAUUAGGGCGAUGGCGGAUUGUUAUUCGAGGAGGAUGGAGGAGAGGGUUGGGGUUGUUUGA